AUGCAACCGCAGCUUGCGAUCCAGUGGAUCUCGACCCGGGGAGCUUGGCUGCUGGACUCGCUCACGAAGGCGUUCGCGUACGUGGGUACCACGACACGCGAGGACCAGAGUGUCGGCAAAGUCCUCGCUGGAUACCGAGACCCGCACCUGCCAUGCGUCACGCCCACGAUUGCCACCUUGAGCGAGCUUCUUCCUGCGCUCGAGUACGCCCAGCUGCUAACCCUGCGCGGCCAGCUCUUCAAGAACGUCAGCGGCUUCACGGACACCACGCUCAACGUUGACGCCUUAGUCCUGGAUGCGGCGCUCGCGUCCCUGCUCAUCCAUCUUGACGACGUCGCGACGGCACUGUGGCACACGGCAACCCAAAAGAAACAACAGUUUGUUCGCGCUGACCUCAAGGUAGGCGUCAACAUCAUGAUCAUAGCAGCAGGGCGAGAGGUAGACGUACCAACGGCGCCACUGGACCGGGACGGCGUCGCGUAUCGGCUGUGGAAGCAGCGUGUCUGGACGCUAGCGGAAGACUUGGACAAGAAGGUCAACGCUGCGCUUGGGAGUAUCGACGGUAAAGGCCGAUCCAAAACCGCGGGCCGCUACGGAAGCGCUGGAGAAAGCUGCGCGUUGACCACCGCUCUGCGUACGACGCGCUCUGCUCAGCAUUUAUCACCCGCAAAGCGAACGGUGGCAUCGUCGACUGCUGCACACCAGCUAGUCACCAAUGGAAGCAAAAAGACUUGGAGUCGUAGGAUCACGCAGCUUGUAUUAACGCUUAAUACAUUCCUAUUCAUACAACAUGGACAAUCGAAUUCAAGGCGCAAAUGCACCCGUCAUCGCCAUCCCACAACUUAA